CAUUGAAGACUAAUUGAUGAAAUAGCAAAGGGGAGUGACGCAGUUAUUAUAGAUGCCCAACGUCUCUAUUAAAUCUACAGGAAUUCAAAUGUCUAAUCUGUAGAUACAUGUUUUAUCCUUUGAGAAUAAAUAGUGAUUUAAAAUAAAAACAGAGGAUUUGUUGACCGGCUCUCCUCGUGAUAUUCUAAUGCCGUUGAUGUUGGAGGUUGCUGCCAUCCACCUCGAGGACUAGAUGCGGUAGCCAGCACGAGAUAUGCCGCAGCCCAAAUCACGAAAAAUUGCCAUCCUCGGGUACAGAUCCGUAGGAAAGUCCUCGCUAACAAUUCAGUUUGUGGAAGGCCAGUUUGUUGACUCCUAUGACCCAACAAUAGAAAACACGUUUACCAAGAUGAUCACGAUAAACGGACAAGAAUACCACCUGCAGUUGGUAGACACAGCGGGACAGGAUGAGUACUCUAUCUUUCCUCAGACCUAUUCCAUAGAUAUCAAUGGAUACAUCCUGGUCUACUCUGUCACAUCUAAUAAAAGUUUUGAAGUAGUUCAGGUUAUCCAUGAAAAACUUCUGGAUAUGGUGGGGAAAGCUCAAGUACCUAUUAUAUUGGUGGGGAAUAAGAAUGACCUGCACAUGGAACGGUAUGACACACACACACACACACACACACACACACACACACACACACUGUGGUGUCAGAUUGGUGUGCUAUGUUUUGUGUGUCCCAGGGUGAUCAGCUGUGAGGAAGGGAAGGCCCUAGCAGACUCCUGGAACGCUGCCUUCAUGGAGUCCUCAGCUAAGGAGAACCAGACAGCGGUGGAGGUGUUCAAGACCAUGAUCCUGGAGGCGGAGAAGCUGAAAGGCGGCGUCCAACCAGGGAAGACUUCCUGCUCCCUCAUGUAGAGCUGCCAAACAAUCAAACACAGAAUAGGACACUGCACUGGGAUAUCCCGUUACUUGAAGGCUUCCUGCCAGUUCCAACUACUACUUCUCAACUGUCAUCAGUUGUCAUCAACUGUUUAUUUACCUGUAUUUUUGUUUCUGUAUGCAUUUCCCAUUUGUUAUGAAAGGUUGAGUGACUGUU